AUGCUGCGUGCCGUAGGCAGUGCCUCGAGGCAUGUCGAGGUACAGGUCUGCAAGCGUACAGCGACCCCUCAUGGUCACCUUGCUGCCUCCUCGAGCCGUCGAUCCUUGACGCACUCGAUCCCUGGCUGCUCUCACAGAUCAUAUUCACAAUCUUUCUCAUCACGCGAAGGAUCGUCGCUCACCGGCCAGAGCAGCUCUACCGCCAGGCUACGGGAGCCCAUCGAGAUUCGACGCACGGACAGGCAUCGAUGCUAUUCGACAACCGGGGGUGCAUCGAUAACGGAGGCAGACUCGACGGAGCUCGAAGAUCCGGCAUUAGACACAACGUCGGAGACGGCUCCAAAUGCCAAAGGCGUGCAGGACAAGUUCCAAAGACUGGGUCUGAACGCCAACAUUAGUCGCCAGAUCGUCGCCACACAUCCCAACAUCCGACAACCAACGCCAGCACAGUCCGCGCUUAUACCGGCGAUCCUCUCUCCGACCGAUGUCAUCCUCCGCGCUCAUACAGGCACAGGAAAGUCAUUCGGUAUUCUCUUGGCGCUGCUCAGCAAGCCACGCAUUGUGUUUCGAGAGCCCACACCUCAAGACACCGAAUCCUCGCAGAGCCGGCGGAGAAAGCCACAGACAGGUAUCGCCUCCAUCAUCAUGGUGCCGAGCAACGAGCUCGCUCAUCAGUACAUGCGGUGGGCCCGCUCUCUGUUUCCGACAUCAACUUUGCCCUCGCUGGAUCCGGUCAUCCAGUGCCUGGUCCGUGGAAACGAAGCGCUCACACCAGAGGAAGAGCUGAAACGACUCAAGAAGACCCCGCCACACAUCCUCAUCGGCACGCCUGGACGCAUCAAGGACAUUCUGGACAUGUCUGCGGGCUCGACGCUGCUCGGCCUUGAUACGUUGAAGACGCUGGUGUUGGACGAAGCCGAUGCGGUGCUGCAACUUCCAGGGCGCUUUCCAUCACACAAGCAACGCUGGAAGCACGAGGUUCACAAGGCACCCGGAUUGCUUGUUCUCAACGACAUUAUGAAGCGAAGGGCAACGUUCUCUGGCGGUGAGAAGCAUCUCUCUGCUGGCUUGGAGAACAGGCCAGGCAAGAAGAGAGACGAGCGCAGGCCACCGGAGCAUGUUCGUCGAAACGUCUACCAAGCUGCUGAACGCUCGUCAGCCAACGCUACCGACCCAAACACUGGACUGACGCUUCCGAAACCACGGGGGCCCGGCGUUCAUCCCUUGCAGCUAGUGGCGACCAGUGCUACAGCGAACUCGGUGAUGCGCCACUUCUUUGGAGCUCGGACGGGCUGGCUACGAACCGGAGCUAAGGACGGCGGCAUGACGUUUGCUCUGCAAGUUGGUCGAUGGAUCGAUCUCACCGGCCUCAGCGGCAAGAGCAUGGUCGAUCAAGGCAUUCGAGGGCUGUUCGGAGCGAAAGAACGCUCUCGAGCCGAGUCGUUGAUCGAAACGUCGCUGGAGCAAAAGCCAUCCACAAUGCCCUCCUCGAUCGAGCACACGUGUAUCGUCGUAGACGAAGCGCCGCUGUCCAAGCAGCUGUCAUCGGUGCCGCUGCGCAACUUUGAGCCCAAGCUCGCCAGAAAGAAGGAAGGUCCCAUCCACACCACAGGGUCCGAAUCAAGCAGCGGCCUCGACGACGAUCUGAUGAUCAUCAAGCCCGAGGACGAACCGCAAGAACACGAGAUGGACCAGACGCUGAUCGAGGCCCUCGCCUUCAGCUUUGCCUCGGAAGGAGUUGAACGUGGACUGGCGCUCAUACCGGCACGAUGGAGUCUGCUCAAGACGCGCGCCUCGCUCGAAGCGCUGGGUGUGACUGUUCGGCUUGCAUCCGACGUGACUUCGGCUGCUUCGUCCGCCACGCCAGAGUUGUUUUUGCUGCAGACCACUUCUUCUCGCGGUCUCGACAUUCCCUCGCUCUCGCACGUGUUUCUCGUCGGAUACGCUUCCGUCAUCGAUGCAGUGCAGUACGUCCACUCUGCCGGGCGAGUGGCACGUAUCGGCGGCGAUCCGGACGCGCCUACGACCGGCAAGGUGGUCACAUUGCUUCGCGGCUUGCCACAUGACACGCCGUUGCCCUCUGACGCCCAAAGCGAAGGUGCACCAGCCGCUCCGAAGAAAGCCCUCUCCACGUCGGAAGCCAAGAUGGCCAACGUGUUUAGGCGACUCGGAGUGGUCCCGAAGAAGUUUGAUCUCGGUCUGCUGACCUCUCGAGCUGUCGAUGCGGCGGCUACGGGAGCACAAUUGGAGAAGCUCGAAUCAGAGCAGCCCGAGACCGUCGUCGAAUCAAGCGAAGGCGAAAAGGACAAAGCCGAAAACAAGGUCGAAGAGGAGCAAAAGGAAGAGCCGACUCAACCCUCGCCAUGA